AUGGUGGACUAUUCCAAGUGGGAUAGCCUGGAUGUCAGCGACGACGAAGAGCGCCCCCGCCCUCAUGUAUCGAAGUUUGACACCCCUCAAACUGUGACGAUCGGGCGCCAGGAGGGAGCGCAAACUGCGCCUGUAGCGCCAGUGGGAGAUGUCGAUAUGGAGGAUGCGGAUGACGACGAGCCCUUUGAGACAGAGGAUGAUGCAGCUGAGCCGGGGGAGGACCGGCGAGAGGAUGUCCUUCAGUGCCGCGCCCUAGCGGAACGCGCGCUCAGGAAUGGAGAUGCCGCCGAGGGCGUCCGCCUGCUUGAGAAGGCAAUGCGUCUGGGAGGCAACAGCUGCCCGGGAGUCGAGGAAUUGUUACAGGCUGCCCGAGCACAGCUUGCUGCGGCCACGGCCGCAGCCCCGCGCAGUGUUGCCGCCAAGGUGGAUCCCCAACAAAACGGAGGCUGCGUUGAGGACAGAUAUGUCUGGUCACAGACGAAGGAAGCAGUGGAGAUCAACCUCUUUGUGGCGCCUGACACAAAAAGCAAGGACGUCCAGGUCCACAUCUCCGAGUCCCACCUGAAGAUCGCCGCUUCCGGGCAGGUGCUCCUCGAGGGCGAUUGGGAGUUCAAGGUGUGCCCAGAGGAGGAUGCGGACUGGGAGCUCGUGUCCUGCCGCGGGCAGAGGGCUCUGCGUUUGUUGGUUCGCAAGGCCGUGAUGCCUGGGGGUCUGUCCGUGGCCGUUUGGUGGAGCAGGAUCCUCAAGGGGGAGCCAUCCAUCGACGUCCAAGGGAUCGAGGGCCGGCAGCGAGAUCGAGACAAGAGCCAGGAGUUCCAGAAGGCCUGGGGUGAAGCCCAUGCCAUGUUCAGAGAAGCGGUGAAGAACCGACAGCCCAUUCCCAUCGACGUGGGCCAAUGA